AUGUAUUCUGGUGAUAUGUUUGGUGGGACGCAAGUUCGUGUGCAGAUCAGAUCUGUCCGUGGUGAAACUGUUGAUUUAGCAGUUCCAUCAGGUUGUACUGUUGGUCAAUUGCGUAAUUUUCUCAUUCAAGAGUAUGACUACCCGCCAACUACUCGUCUCAUGUAUAAUACCUCCGUUGUAGGGGAUGAUUCUUAUGUGGAGGAGUUUCCCUAUGGAUCACUUGUUAUUGUAACUCCGGCAGAUUCCAGACAUAUGAACUAUGAGACACGGCCGCAGGCUUCACUCAGUUCAUAUGGGGCACAGAGACAACAACAACAGCAACAGCGGCAGCAACAACAACAACAACAGCAACAGCGGCAGCAACAACAACAACAACAGUUUGCACAUCAGGAGUCGCAACGUCUUGCUCGUAAUCAACAACCACAACAACAGCAACAACGUCCUACCCAAAGUACCCGUCUUCCGCAACAUCAAUUUUCACAACCACAACAACAGCAACAGCAACAGCAACAACAACGUCAGAACUACCGAGAUAAUCGUCCACAGGAUCUAUAUCAUCAACAACAACAACGACAAACGGUUCAGCAGCAUACACAGCCAUCUGACGGGAAUUCACAAUUAAGACAACAGGGGCAACAGAGAGAUCAUCAACAACUGUUUACCGAAUCUCAGAAAACAGCAACAGCAAUGUCCACGUACGCUACAUCUUCUAGGAUGCAAAACAGCCGGACAAGAUCGAACUCCCGGCAUUCUAGCGGAUUAAGAACGCCACGGAGUGCCAGAGGAAAAGAACAACAAACUCGCUCUAAUGAACCGGUGAAGUCAAUCCCCCGUCAAUCAUCCCCACCCAUGAGAAGCCCGUACCGCAGCACUGAUACUACCUUAAAUAACAGCGUUACUUCACCAGGUUCUGCCGCACUCCAUCCUACUCAAAAUAACUCUGGGGAAGGCGAAGCCCAGAAGGCUGAGAAGUCACGAGCUACAUCUUCUGUACCAACACCCUUGCACCCUUCAAGGACACCAAGGGAUGAAAAUAACGAGAGCACCAAUAAUGAUCUUAAUGUUAAUUCUAACAUUAGUGGUGUUGACGUUGAUGAUGCUGGAGAGAACAAUACGACACCACCUGAUCAAGCUUCAGAGCCUACUAGGGGACCCCUGAUACCUCUCAAAUGUAUUAUCCCAGCACUGGACAAGAGUAUUAUCUUGGAGUUGCCGGAAGAUGCCACCAUUGGUGAUCUUCUUCUGCUUGCUGUGGCACAAGAACCGCGAUUAGCGGGCAGCAAAAUAGUAUUUCGUGGAAAGGUGUUGAGCGGCUCAGAUGUGCGUCUCAGUUCCUGCGGAAUUCGUAAUGGUGGACCACCUUUGUCGGUAAUAACAUUAAAUCCUAAUGCGGAAGGUGUGUACACGUUAUUUUUUGCAUGUGGUGAGUACAGCAACACGAACAAGGUGAUGCUUGUUGAGAUUGAGACAGAUGUGUCGAAUAUAGUGUCAUCAAUACAGGAUCACGAACACCAGCAGAAGGAAUUACCACUCCAGCUUCGUCGCGGUUAUUACGAGGAACUGAUGCGUAUUUUAUUUCGAACGGAUAAUUUACAGGAUUUGGAUGAUGACUGGCGCCUCAGACGAAAGGACGUGGUAAAGAAAGUGACCCAUAUACAGGAUGAACUCAAUGUGGCCAACGACGCCUAA